AGGAGGGCACGUCGGCGCCUCCGCGGGGAUGGCGAUCCCCGGGACCCGGAGCUGAGCGACCCAGCGCGUGCGGGCAGGGCGCGCCGGAGGAAGGCAGCCUUGCUGUUCCUCCGGGAGCCCAACACCGUUCCCGCGCGGCCACGAUGAUCCCUCCGAGCGGCGCCCGGGAGGACGGCGUGGACGGGCUGCCCAAGGAGGCGGCCAGCGCCGAGCAGCCGCCCUCUCCUGCAUCCACCAGCAGCCAGGAAUCCAAGCUCCAGAGACUAAAACGAUCACUCUCUUUCAAGACCAAGAGUUUACGGAGCAAAAGUGCUGACAACUUCUUCCAGCGUGCCAACAGUGACGACGUGAAGCUGCAAGCAGACAUGCUGGCUGAGGUCAGCCCCAGCUCCAGCCCACUCCCUGUGCCCGGAAGCCUGACGUCCACGCCCGCCAGGGCAGGCCUGCACCCAGGCGGGAAGGCCCAUGCCUUUCAGGAACACAUCUUCAAGAAGCCCACUUUCUGUGAUGUCUGCAACCACAUGAUAGUGGGAACAAAUGCUAAACAUGGACUGCGCUGCAAAGCCUGUAAGAUGAGCAUCCACCACAAGUGCACAGAUGGCCUGGCACCCCAGCGGUGCAUGGGCAAGCUGCCAAAGGGGUUCCGGCGUUACUACAGUUCCCCCUUGCUCAUUCAUGAGCAGUUUGGAUGCAUUAAAGAAGUUAUGCCCAUCGCCUGUGGCAAUAAGGUAGACCCUGUCUACGAGACCCUCCGCUUCGGGACCUCUCUGGCCCAGAGAACAAAGAAGAGCAGCUCCGGCAGUGGCUCUGAUUCACCUCACAGAACCUCUACUUCAGAUCUCGUGGAGGUUCCUGAGGAAGCUGAUGGGCCAGGAGGCGAGUACGACCUAAGGAAACGCAGCAACAGCGUGUUUACGUAUCCAGAGAAUGGCACUGAUGAUUUCAGAGACCAAGCAAAGAACAUAAACCACCAGGGACCUCUUUCCAAAGACCCAUUACAGAUGAACACCUACGUUGCCUUGUACAAAUUUGUACCACAGGAGAAUGAAGAUUUGGAAAUGAGGCCAGGAGACAUUAUUACUCUUCUAGAGGAUUCCAAUGAAGACUGGUGGAAAGGAAAAAUUCAAGACAGGAUUGGCUUCUUUCCAGCCAACUUCGUCCAGAGAGUACAACAAAAUGAGAAGAUUUUUAGAUGUGUUAGAACCUUCAUUGGGUGUAAAGAACAGGGGCAAAUAACACUGAAAGAGAAUCAGAUCUGUGUGAGUUCUGAAGAAGAACAAGAUGGCUUUAUCAGAGUCCUCAGCGGAAAGAAGAGAGGCCUCAUCCCUCUUGAUGUCCUAGAAAACAUCUGAUCGCCAGCCCCACCUAUAUUUGCAGUGGGCAAGCUCUGCUUCAGUGCCGAUGCCGUCUGCCUCAUCUCACACUGUGUCCACCCGGAGGAGCUGCUGCACUGACAAGACCCCAGGAAAUAGUGGGACAAGACUCAAGGGUCUGAGACUGUGGAGUAACAGCCACAAAACGGAAGGCCCACCGCACGGUGUCACCAGGCUGCCCAAGGUGGAGACAAGGCUGAGCAGGCCUCAGAGCCAGGUGCCUGCCUGGCAGCAGCCAUGGCAGGGCUGUAAACCACAGUGGUCCCCCGGGGCCCAGCUCCUUCCCUGUCCGAGUGGUGUAAGUUAACCCACUGGACUGUGCAGCAGGUUGUGGGGUAGCCCCAGUGCAAGGUUCAGGUCCAUGUAGCCAAGUAUUAUUCUGGCUCCAGACCUUUGUCCCCAGUACCAGCCAAUCAGCAUGAUCUCAUUUCAGAACCCAAGCAGUCCCUCUGCAGAGCAUCAGGAAGGCCUGCUUUCUAGCUCCCUACAUUCCAGUGCUCCCCGGCACGAUGCCCCCACUUUGUGAUUGUGCAGUCCAGAGUGGCUGGCUUAUUCUUUCUUUCUCUUCAGUCCUCUGAGUAAAUCCUGUUGAUGUGCAUUAGACGUGAGGGCUACGUUGACAUGGCACCAGCUGCAAAGACCUGGCCUUCCCAGAGAUUGCUGACAGGCUGUCCUUCCUGCUGCUGUAGUUAUUGGCAGAGGUGACAGGGCAGAUACGAAGCAUAGGUAUGGGGAAGGACAGAAGGGAUAAGGUGGAGCAAAGACCCCUCAUUUAUUGAAGAUUAUACAGCCCUUUCAGUAAUGAAGUCCUUUCUUGAAGGAGAUGGAGCUGGGGAAGAGGAUGUGGCCAACGGUCUCCAUUUUCAUUUUACAUCCUCUGUAUUAGGGGAAGCAUUUUUCCUCAUGCCAUCCUAUGGGACUUCAUUUUGGAGGCUGAACCCAACUUGCGGGGAACCAGGAACAUGGAGGGUAACCAAGAACAGCAUCUUAGAAGAAAUGCAGCCAAAUUGGAACCCAUUCUUCUUUAGGACAGCAUAUUAUAUAAACCCUAACAGAUGUAAAAUGGAAAAGAAUCCUUAAUGUUUUAUCCCUCUGAAAGCAGAGGAACUUGGGGCCUAUUUAGCAUCAUCUAGGGGAAUCUCUUGUUACUCUGCACUUGUACUAAUGUUUACAAGAAUGCAAUAUACUGUGAUGCCUUCCUCCUCAAGCCUCCUCCUAGCAUUCAAACUUGCAUCCCAUUAGUCAUUAAUAUGGUUAAACUUCAAUUCACAAUGACGUUGGAAUCAAUGUCAGUUUGAUAUAUUUUGUUACCGAGCAAUAAAAUCAUUGGAACAAUGGUUUUUAAAAGACUUAAGCGGAUGCAUCCAGUGCAUGUAAGCAUUAUUUCCCAAACCAAAGCAUCAUUAAUCUCCAUUUAUUUAUUUUGUUGCUACUCAGUGUGAAGUUGGGAGCUGAGAGGGGAUGGCUGCUGGCUUCACAGAAGUUUGGAUGCCUUAUUCUCAUUCCCAAGCCAGCAUCUAGAAUUUCCUCCCUCUCUGAUGCAACAUGCAAAACCAGGUGUAUAAAGUCAAGAUGCAUUCUUUGAAAGCCAGGGUGGAUAAUAUGAUGGCCUUUGUGUGUAAUUGGAUGCCAACUGCAAACACUCUUUCCGUCUAAUUUAAUAUUCCAUUUAAUAAAGACAACACAGUGGCUGGAAGGAGCAU